GUCCAUCAUAAUUCGCAAAUAGCAAUGCGAUGGAUGAGCAGUACAGGUAACUGUAAGCGUCUUGAAAUCGUCGUCAGUGAUAAAUGGACAUCAAAAGAUUUAAACAUCUUGUCUCAAAUUUUACAGUCUUUCAAAGGAAACAUUGAAUCAGCUAUAGUUGACGCUCCUAUAGCAAGGUUACUGUUUCAGAUAAUAGCUAGCAUGUCAGGUUUGGAUCUUUGUCGUUGGCACGCGUAUUUAUGUAUGAUAAGCACCUUUGAAGGAAUAAGUUUCACUUCAAUUAUAUUUGUUUUAUCUCUAGUUAUUUUCAUUUUACUGCUUAACACAGCUUUUAAUGCCCCUAGGGUAUGGAACUAUGGUGUGCGCUCAAACAGUUUUCUGGAUCACUUUCUGCUGGACGAGUUGAGGAUCGAGUUUACAGACGCUAAGAAAUAUACCCAUGUCUUGCUUCGUAACCUUUAUCAGUUCAGAUGCUGGAUUGGCUCCCCAGGUUUCGGCGACAGAUUUAAGCCGUACUUUGAAGGUACAAAGACAGUUCAACUCACCUGA